UUAAUUUGUUCUUCUGUCGGGUGCCGCCCCCUUUAAAAUGUUGUCUGCUUCUGUAAAGCAGCUAAGGCCUAUGUGAGCUGUCAAAACUAAAAAAAACUGUUAACUGAAAAUGUUAGUCCUGGUGUUGGGAGACCUUCAUGUUCCAAACAGAUGCAAUGCAUUACCAGCGAAAUUUAAAAAACUACUCGUUCCUGGUCGCAUUCAUCACAUACUCUGCACAGGAAACUUGUGUUCCAAAGAAACUUUGGACUACUUGAAAACUCUGGCUAGUGAUGUGCACAUAGUUCGAGGUGACUUUGACAAGAUUUCUAGCACUUAUCCUGAACAAAAGGUGGUAACUGUGGGCCAGUUUAAAAUUGGUUUAGCACAUGGCCACCAAAUUGUACCUUGGGGUGAUCCAGAAUCAUUGGCAUCACUUCAGAGGCAGUUGGGAGUUGACAUUUUGAUUACAGGACAUACACAUAAAUUUGAGGCUUAUGAACAUGAUGGAAAAUUCUUCAUAAAUCCAGGCUCAGCAACUGGUGCAUACAAUCCCAUUAACAAAUUUGUCAUUCCUUCCUUUGUCCUAAUGGAUAUACAAAGUUCUACAGUUGUAACUUAUGUCUAUCAGCUAGUUGAUGAUGAAGUUAAGGUAGAGCGAAUUGAAUAUAAGAAAAACUGAAUGUUGUCCUAAUUUUUUACACGUGGUGUAUUUUUGCGUGGCAUUCCUUAUAGUAAUACAAACAAUAAAACAAUCAA